AUUUGAUAUUGCUAAGCGUGGAGAACAAGUUAAAGGCAGUUUACAAAAGGUGGACAAAUGGAAGCAUGCUUUAAUGGAAGUAAGCAACUUAUCAGGAUGGGAUUCACGAGAUAAAGCAAAUGGGCAAGGAUAUUGUCAAUGAGGAAUGUGAACAGCCUGGAGGACGCAGCAGGUUGUGGAAUUAUGAAGAUAUUAGUCAUGUAUUAACGACGGAUACGGGAACUCAAAAUGUUGAAGCCAUAUUACUUAACAUGCAAAACAACAGUAAAUUGGAGGUAAGUUCCACGGCCUUCAUGAAGAUGUGCAAUCUUAGAUUCCUAAAAGUCACGGAUGAUUCCACAGUAGGCGAAGUGCUCCUUCCUAACAGCUUGGAAUUUCUUCCACAAAAGCUAAGAUAUCUUUACUUGAUUAAUUAUCCUCUAGAGUCUUUGCCAUUAGAGUUUUGGCCAAAGAAUCUUGUACAGCUUCAUAUGCCUUUUAGCAACCUCAGACAACUGUGGAAUGAAGAUAAGCCUCUUGGAAAUUUGAAAUUAAUGGACCUCAGCAACUCUAUUUACCUGACCAGGAUUCCAAACUUGUCUAGUGUUGCCCCAAAUCUCGAGUUUUUAUAUUUGGAAGCAUGUUCGAGUUUGGUUGAAAUUCCCUCUCUUCAAAAUCUGAGCAAGCUUACCGUACUAAAUCUAUGUUGGUGCCUUGAGGUCACAGAUUCUCCAGAGAUUCCUUGUAAUAUAAGGAUUCUAACUUUAGAUGGAACUGCAAUAGAACAACUGCCCUCAUCAAUUGAGCAUCUAUCUCAGCUUGUCAAAUUGUCCUUGAAUGAGUGUAUAGAAGUAGUGAGUCUUCCAAGCAGCAUUUGCAAAUUGAAACAUCUUGAAGAACUCUCUCUCUAUGAAUGUUCAAGCCUCGUGAGUCUUCCUAGCAGCAUAGGUGAGUUGAAAUGUCUUGAAGAACUUUGUCUCGAUGAAUGCUCAAAUUUGACAAGUCUUCCAGAAAGCACCAAACAACUUCUGAAGUUGAAACGACUUAAUUUAAGAGAUUGCGAGAGUCUAAAAUGCUUACCAGAGCUUCCAUCAUGCUUAGAAUACUUACAUGCAACAGAUUGCAUCUCUCUGGAAUCUGCAUCAACUUCUUUCCUUUUCUUAGAACAUGAAGAUGAAAGUGAAGAAGCAGAUGAAAGUGAAGCAGCAGAUGAAAAUGAAGAUGCGGAUAUAUGUGAAAGAGAAGAUUUUUUUAAAGAUUGCAAAUUUCUUGAUUUUGGUAAUUGCGUUAAUCUGGAUAAGAAUAAAGUUAUGGAGGAUGCAUUGAAAGCACAUCUUUUGGGUCAGAAAGUUAUAUUAUAUAUUGAAGGAGGUGAAGUGCCAGAAGGGAUGAGUUAUAAGAAUAAAAGUGGAUCCUCGCUUUCAUUCAGACUUAACCGUCGUCACUUAAUUGCCUUUUCUUUCUGCGUUGUUCUUCAUCCCACAGAAUAUUAUCGUAAUCCAGACAGCAUUAAAUGCAGAGUGGAUUUCAUAGAUGAAUCUGGAUACAGCCAUAGCCGUGAUUUGUUUUUAUAUUACUAUGGGGGUUUGGAUGAGGAUGAUGAUUUGGAUUUUAAGGAUUCACCAGAACACGUAUUGCUUUCUUUCAGUGAUAAUAAAUUCGGCUAUGUUGAUGAAGAGUGUUUCAUUGAGGCCUCAUUUCAGUUCUCCAUUGCAGAUGCCGUGGAGUUAAUUACUGAGUGUGGGGUUCAUCCUAUAUAUAGUAGAAAUAAAAAGAGAAGCAGAAAUGAAGAGCAUUUGGAUGACAAGGAACACAAACGACCUCUUCAAAUAUUAAGAGAAGAAGAAUAAAUUAUGAGGAGGAAGAAAAGCAAGAGGAGGCUUCUUCUUCUUCUUCACUCAAUCUAAAUCUCUCACUAUCUCUUCCUGGUUCCUCUUGAUAAUUCUCAGCGUCCAACCAAAACCUACUCACUAUCACAACAGCUCUAUCAUCACCUUAUUUGGUUCUUAAAUACAUGCUGCUCCAUAUUAAUCGCCAUUUGAGAAAGUGCUUUAAAUCAUACAUCAACAGGAGGAUCAUACAACUCCAACAGCAAAAUGCUGAAAGUCAUCUUCUUGGCAAAAUUUCGCAGAGCUUCAUGGCAACUACAUCAGCUAGAAUCAAUGGAGGAACUUGUUUAAGAAAGAAUCUUGAAUGCUUAUUACUU